AUGUUUCUUAUCGCGAUCAUACUUUCACUUCUUCACGUUGCCCUGUCAUCUCACGAAGAGCAAAAUUCCUGGAAACAUCAAAAAGUCGUGAACAAAGUGCCACUUUACGAGUUUUGUCAUUGGCACACAAUCGACUGGGUUGGUUUGGAACAUCGAAAUGACGAAAGUCCGUGCAAUUUACAUGGCGACAAAGGAAAUUACAUCGCAGAGAAGAAUAUCCCGACAAAAUUGCGUCUUUACAAUGGACGUGCCUAUGUCGUCAUCGAACGAAGUGUCGGCGUUUACUCGUCCUUGAGUUAUUUUGACCUGUGUGACGUUGGCAAAAACAAAGAAUGUCCGAAAUUGAAGUGUUUCCGCAAUUGCGCCCGGAAUCAAUUGGCCGAAUUGGGAAAAUGUCCCGAUGACGAUGUGAAUUAUUUGAUAAAUGUUCGCGAUAUUCAGUUCACGCGAGAUAAAAAAGCGUGGGUGCUUGACAUUGGAGCUUAUUUUUUGAACGAAUCGACGCCAGUUUUUCAUCGUGCACCACGUCUUUGCUUGUAUGACGUCUCUUUGGCAACACCAUCACAGAAAUUUUGCUCAUCUUUCCCGACGCGACUUUACAACGCUGGAAACCAACUUGGCUUGAACGCCAUCGAAGUGAAGGAAGAUGGCGACAAAAAUGAUUUUGUGUACAUUUUUAAUGCAGCAAGUGCCACAAUUGUCGUCUAUUCUGAAAAGGAAAAUAAAUUUUGGGGUAUCCGAGCAGCUCUUUUCAAAGCCGAGCCAUCUCAAAGUUUGUUCACUUUCAACUUACCGCAUCAUAAAGAGCACAAAUUUGUAUCUCGCGACGGCGUUUUCAGCGGAACUUCCGACAAAUAUGGACUUUUUGUGAGUGCCAAGGCGAGCGAUGAUCUUUAUUACGUCUCGUACAGCACGUUGGACGACAAAAUGAACGAAUUUAUGCCUGAAACGACGUUUGACAUCUCAGACGUUGGUACUUACAACCCAAAUGGACACACUUACGACUUCCUUCGACACAAAAAUGUUCUUUAUUUCAUCCAACCGGAGCGACAUGCGCUUGUUUGUGCCAACAAAAAAUUCGAAGUUACCGAAGAAACGCUUCAAGUUUUGUCUGUUGAUCCUGAAAAACUCGCUCAUUUGACAAGCAUUGAUUUUUAUCACCAACAUCCCGAUAACAGAGAACUUUAUUUGCUUUCCAAUAACUUAGUUGACAUCAAAGUCAAUGGAUUUGAUAAGAAAAAGAAAAAUUUCGUCAUAAGUGUUGUGGAUCUGGAAGAAGUUGAAAGGCUAAAUCCGGAAUGCUUGGGAUAUCACAAAGGGCACCGUUAUUUAGACUAUCCAUAUAAUACGUGCACUAGAAAAUAG